AUGACAGGUCCCAUGACGGUCCGCUCGGCUAAAGCUCUCGUUUCCUCCGCUCCCAAAGCCCCGAGGCUCUCCCAGCAGGUGAGAUCACAGUUUACCUGCCCCUCUGUCAGCAGCAGCAGCUCGGCCUGGGACAUCUGCACCCCCCCUCCUUCCCCAGCCUCCCCCCUCUCUCCUGCACUGGGACAGAGCUAUCAUCAGGGCAGGAAGCAGAGCGCGGGCAGGUGGACCUCUAACCUGAACCAGAGCCGAGGCCUGUCCACCAGCGUCCCUCCAAGCCCCACACCGGAGCGGCAGAAACAAGCCAAGCAUCGCAGGGCUUUGACUGGGACCACUGGCACGGCACCAAGUAAUGCCCCGGGACAAAAGCCCACUGUCCUGCACCACUUCCCCCGAGAGAGAGCCUUAUCACCAGGCACUGCCAUCCAGGACGGCCCCUCCCUCCACGCAGCACCAAAGCCCCACAAUGAAGCCGCACGCACGCAUGGCAGCGCGGGGCGGCGAGGGCGGAUGUGCUCAGCAGGGGCCCAGAGGAAGAUCAGGAGACAUGAAAAGAGCUGUAAAAGAUGGGGCUCUCCUCUGCUGGGCUUUAUUUAUGGUUGUAUUUAUUUCAUUUCUUGA